AAACUUGUUUUUGCAGGCAUAACUGCAGCAAAUGUUUAUAAUCGUCUGAAAGAAAAUUGUAGAACCUUUAUAAAUGAGGAUGUAAACACGUUCCCAGCAUGUUCAGUAGCUGGUGUUCCAGGUAUGAGGAAAUGGUAUUUUGCAAAUCAAGUCAUAAAUGAUUUUUAUCAGUUUUGUAGCUCGGACUGGGAAGAGAUCAAUUUUGAGGUGAAGAAAAAUGAAAGUGAAAACUGUCUUCAGACCAGUAUAAAAGAAUGCCUGGAUGCUAUUCAGAGUUUUGAGGAGGAAGAUAGUAGCAGCAGAGAGUUAUUGUCCCUGAUUGAUGUCUAUGAAGAAUCUGCAGAAAGUCUGCAUCAGUUGACGGACAAGCUCCCUGCUCCUGGAAGAGCUAUGGUUGAUGUAAUACUACAGUCUGCUGAAAGAGAUGCCCCCAAGUUAAAAGACUGUUUACCUGUGAUUGGUGCCCUGAAACAUCUGAGAGAAUGGCAUUCUGCAAAAAUCACUAUCACAACAAAUGACUGUAAAGGUGUCUGGCAAAAAAUUGCAGACUACUUAUCAGCAGAUGUUGUGGCUUCAGAUAAUCUAAUGAAUAUUAUUGAUUCAAAAGAGCUUUGGAGAGGAGAGAUUCAAAUAUGGGAAAGAAAGUUUGGAUUUGAAGUUAGGUUUCCAAAGUUUUGUAUAAAGGGUGUCUCGGCAAAGCCAUUCAGCACAUCACAUUUAAAUAGUUGCUUCAAGGCCAAGAAAACAGCACAAUCAGAAAAUACUAAUAUUUUGCCAGAGGUUUUUCAUUAUUAUGGUCCAGUGUUAGAAUUCAUGCAGCUGGUGGUGCUCUCAGAUCUACCAUCCCAUUUUGUAUCAGAUCUUGAAUUUGAGCUGAACUUGGCAAGUAACAAUAUCAAAGAAAAGUCUACACUGCUUUUUGACCAGAUUUCUUCUCUCUGUGGAAAGAUAGGAGCCUUAUUUGUUUUGCCUUGCAAUGUAAGCAACAUGUUGAUUCCAUCUCCUAGCCAGCUGAGUACAAAAAAAUGGAAGGAAUACAUGGCCAAAAAACCUAAAGCCAUAACCAUUCCAGAAGUUGAGCUAAAAGGAGAGUCUUGUCGAUAUUAUUUCUUGGUACAAAGCAAUGGCUUUGGAGGGUGCAAAGCAACAUUGAUUCAUUCAGCCAACCAGAUCAAUGGCAGAGCCACUCUGGCUAUAUUAAAUGGAAAACUAAAGACAAGCACGGAAAAAACACUGUCAAACUUUUGUACUGAUGACUUUAUCAGAUCUCUUCCACAUUUCUAUGGAGAGCAGAUACUACAGAGAGAAAAGAAACUGGCUUAUAUCCAAGCAUUUGCCUUGAAGGAACAUCUCAAGAGGCAGGAAUCAGGCAAGCAGCCUUCAGCUGUUUCUGCUAAUGAGCUCAAAACCCUGUUAACACUUACCAGGGAACGUUUUUUAGAUUUGAAUGACACUAGCUUUCCAAAAACUAUUCUGGACAAAGCAAUCAACAAAACUAGCCCCUGCACAAUGACUUGUGAAUCAGAAUUAAUAGGGUCCAAUCCUUUGGAGUGGCCAGAAAGAAAUGUUCUUCAGAACUUGGAAAAUGUAGAAAAAAUUAAACAAAAAAUGAGAGUUUCUAUGUUGGCACAUUCCUCUGAGCAAUUACUGGGCCAUAAAGAUGGUCAGAGGGAGUCACUGACAUUACUAGAUGCUAAAGAGCUACUGAAAUAUUUCACUCCAGAGGGAUUACCAACUGGGGAUCUUCAGCCGUUACAAAUUCAAAAGAGUGAAAACGCUUUUCUUCUGACACCAGAGCUCACUCCACGGAAGCUGGGAGGUCUGUCUUUUGAAAAAGCAGCUGGGUGCCAUUAUCAUGGGCUUGAAUACUGUCUAGAUAACAGAAAAUCUUUAGAGAGAGAUGUGAAAUUUGCUGAACUUCAGACUCGUCUUAUUCGCUAUGAAACACAGACUACCUGUACUAAAGAGUGCUGUCCUGUACCGUGUGUCUUGAGCCCUCUUCCAUCUCCUGCAGUUUUGUCAGAGCCUGGAAGUGUCCCUGAUGGUGAAUCUUUACAAAGUGAUCUCAAAACAGAAGUAUUAAAGCUAAAACGCAGAUCAAAAGACUUGGAUUGCUUUUAUCCCAAUAAGAGACUAAUAAAAACUGAAAGCACAGAUUCUCUCUCAUCUCAGGCAAGUGGAAAUAGUGUGGGUCACCAUUCAGUAGAUACUAUAAGACAACGGCCAGGCAGAACAUUGUCUCUGACAUCUGCAUCGGUUAAGCAGCCUAGUCGUCGGGACCACAAAGUAAUUGCAGAGGCUGGCCCAGCAAGUGAGAGAUGUGUGCAAGAAUCAGAAACUUCAAAGCCAAUUAAGGAAUCAAGAUCUCAGAAACAUAUACGGAUGCUCAGGGAAGUGGUUGCUAAAACACUUAAGAAACAUGGCAUUGAAGAAAAUCACAAAUGCUUUGCGUCAUGCAGCCAGCGUCUGUUUGAGAUAUCCAAGUUCUAUUUAAAGGAUCUGAAAACUUCCAGGGGACUCUUUGAUGAAAUGAAGAAAACAGCAAACAAUAACGCUAAACAGGUUAUUGAAUGGGUUUUGGAAAAGACUAACAAGUAAUGAUGAUGGUGGAUCAUUGUAUACAAAUGGAGUUUGCAUCCCCUUCUCAGACUUAAUAACGAAAAUAGUGCAAUACAACAAAAGUAUAAAGCCAGGUAACAGGAACGAGAAAAGAGAACAUAAAACACUUGGUUCAUAGAUUUAAUUCCCAAGUCCAAUAGUAUGUUGUGGCCUUUAGAUAUUUUAUAUUCAGUGGGUUUUUUUAAAUCUGCAAUGAACAUUGCAUUUUAUACUAUAUGCAUAUUUAUAGAUUUUGUUUAAGAUUUUCAUAGACAUUUUUAUGUAUUGUACAGUUUUUAUUUUAGAUUUAAUAAAUUCAAAUUUGACUGUAAUAACAAAACUGUUUUUAUUUCUUCUCUUUUCACAAUCUUCAAGAAAAAGCAAUUGUUCCAUACAUGACUAGUUUUUGGUUUUCAAAUAAGUUAACUGAAAAUGUUUAUAGUGCAACAAAACUUUCACAUUUUAUAAUUUAAAUAGCUAUAAUUGGUUAUUUUUCUGAAGAUUAAUGUGACUAUAGUUAGAACUGAAGUCAUAGUAAGAGCUCCAAUUUUAGCAUAAAAUAUUAAGGGAGUUUGUUUUAAAUGAACCCGAAAUCUAACAGACAAUUUAUAAACUUAAAAAACAACAAAAGGUCUGGUAGCAGUUACUGUUUUAUGCCAGCAGUUCAAAAAAAGAGCCUUCAGUAAAAUGGCUUGUAAAACUUAAUCCAGAAGAAAGGUGCUUGUACCAUGUCUUUCAAACUCAUGGGUUUCCAGUAUCAGUUCUCAUUUCUUUUCUAAGAAUUUGAUAUUUUCAAUAUGUUGCUAGAAUCCCAUUGAUGAGAGUUCCUGAAAUUGAGAGCAGUGGCUACCUAAACAGAGCAAGAACUAUUGUGUCUGUGAAAAUGACGGAGACUGACCCAUGCUGCUUUAAAAGGGACACUGCCAGAUUUACAAAUAAUUUAACAGAAAAUAAAAUCCUUAUCAAUGUUACCUUUAAAUUAAAAUUGUCUUACACCACCCACCAUUCCGUUAGGAGAGGGAAUAAGUGAUGCCAGUCCUAGGUAUCUUUACACUGAUAUAACAACAUCCAUAGUAGCAGAUAUGGCAAUUUAACUAUUUUGGAAUUAAAAUCACUCCGCUAAUAGAAAUGUUUGUACUGGUACAAAAUCUGUAGCAGAGGCUUCCCAGUGAAAAGCUACACUAGUAUAGGCAAAUCCAUUGUAUAGCAGGGCUGGGGCAAGCUGUGGCCCAGGGGCUGGUUCUGGCCUGCUUAACACUUUGAUCCAGCUCAUGGACUAGAUCUGGUCACUUUCUAUUUAUAAUCUGCUGUCCGUGCCACCACAUUUCCAGGCUUUGGCAAACACAUUAGGAUCCUAUUUAAAUGACUCAUGACUCCUGGUCACGGCACUACCUUGGCAGGGACCAGAGCCAUGAGCCUUUUAAAUAGCUGGAGCAGCUACCAGGUAAUGAGGUAGUGGCAAGAGCUGUGUUUUUAAUUCAAAACUUCUGGCCUAUGCAAAUCUGGGGGGAGACUAGUCCUUAGCCCCACCCCUUCUGCCUCAGGCCCCUCUCCUCCCAUGACCAACUACCAAAAUUCAUUAAGUGGGGUCCCACUGUGAAAAUUAUUGCCCAACCCUGCUGAAUAGUGUACCCACAGAAGGGUGUUUGUACUGCCUUAACUAUAUUGGUAUAAAGGCAACACUUUUUUUCUGUGUAGAGUUGGUAGUCAACUGAGAUUUUAGGUGUUGGCUUCUUUUGAAAACUCAAGUAACUCAUUAAAAUUAGAUGGCAAACUCUGAGCUGAGUGGGAGUCUUGUUUGUACAAUGCCUAUAGAGUGGGUCUUUAGAUGCUGCCAUGAUAUACACAGCAAUAAUGGUAAUAAUACUUUUCAGUGUAGAUAACAGAAAUAAACUAGUCAGUUUCACUUGUGUUCCAUAUUCAGUUAAUUUUGCGGUUAUUUUUUGAUGUCUUAGGGCAAUGCUAUAAUGUUGAGUUUCACACACAGUUUAAAAUGUUUCAUUUUAAAAAAAUACAUGGAAAUAUUUUUACUAUUCCAACUUUUAUAAAGAUUUUAUUUUGUUUACUGAAGCUAAAUCUUAUGCUAAAUUUAACAUGGCAUUCUGUCUUCAUAUACCUAAUAGUAUUUUAGCAAAGGUUUGGUGGAAGCAGGAUGUUACCUACCAUAAUGAAGGUAGACCUUAAUUUACACUUGUAGUGUUACAAUGAAACAAAACUAUAAAAAUGACAUUUGGGUUACUGGCAGAAAAUAUUUUAGUGUUUCUUAUCCUAAACAAGGAAUGAUCAAGUCUUAAAAUUUAUCACUGUGUUUAAAUUAAAAAUACAUAUACAAAACUACUGUUAUAUUUGAUACCAUAUGGCUUAGUUAUUAUACCACCUUAUUCGCAUUUGAUGCUUUUCUGGUUUUACCCUGUAAUGAUGUCAGCUAUUAGACAGUAAUUAAGUUUCUAUAUAUAAUUUUAAUGAGACUUCAUUAAAGUAAGUCCAAUUUUAAGAGCAUAAGUUGUUUGUGCGACUGCAAUCUAUCAGGUAUUUCUUUAUAGAUUAAAGAACCCUUGAAUGCAGAUGUGCAGUUUUUUAAAUGUUUAAUUAUGAAUGUUUAAAGAUUUUGCAUCUGGAAAUUCCAUUACGUUAAAUUUAAGUUAGUAACCUCAAUUUCAAAACAAACAGUACUCUUACUCUUUAACAAACCUUAAUUUUAUAAUGUAGCUUUUGGAAGUUGCGUUUUCUUUUUAAUACUGGUAGGGCUUUCUGCGUAUGUUCAUAGCUGAAAAUGUAUAGUCAUUCUGUAAAUUGAAUUAAUUGUUAUGCAGGAGUUAACCUGCAGGUAGCAGGGCCAAAAUUCUACAUUUUGUAAAAUGGUUGAGGCUUGCUACCAUGAUUAAGCAAAACCUUAUUUAUGAAAUUGAUUCAUAACUUUAUAUUGAGUGAUAC